GGAGGGGACGGAGCCGCUGCCGUGUCCGUCUGUCCCUCUGUCUGUCCGUCGUCCCUCAGGGAAUGGCCCCGGGAGCCGGGGUUCCCCCGCCCUGGCUGCAGGCCGCGUCCUGAGGGCCCUGUGAGGCGCUGCGGGUGCGCGCCCAGUGCGGCCGAGCCCGAGCAGUGCGGCCUCCCCAGGGAACCUCCCGAGGUUUAACGGGGCCGAGAGGAAGGGUCGGGACCACCGCUCGUACCAACACGGACUGUGAGGGAUGGACGGAGGGAGAGCAGCCCUGCCGAGAAGGACUUGGUCUGCUGGUGGUGACAGGAUGGGCAUGACCCAGCAAUGGGCACUCACAGCCCAGGGAGCCAAACCCGUCCUGGGCUGCCUCCAGAGCAGCGUGGGCAGCAGGGACAGCGAGGGGAUUCUGCUCCUCUGCUCCUCUGCUCUGCUCUGGUGAGACCCCACCUGCAGGGCUGCAUCCAGGUCUCGGGUUCUCAGCACAGGAGAGACGUGGAGCAGACCCAGAGGAGGCCGCGAAGGUGGUCACAGGGCUGGAGCACCUCUCCUCUGUACUCUCUCCUCGGUCUGAGAGUGGGGAUUGUUUAGCCUGGAGAAGAGAAGGCUCUAGGAAGAUUUUACAGCAGCCUUCCAGUGCUUGAAGGGGGCUACAGCAAAGCUCAAGAGGAACUUUUCACAAGGGCACACAGGAAUAGAGAAACAGUAGAGAAUGUCUUUUCGUGGGAGAGGAGGUGGAGGAGGAAGAGGAGGUGGCUUCAGCCGUGGAGGAGGUGGCGGUGACAGAGGUGGCUUUAACCGUGGUGGGCGAGGUGGCUUUGGACGGGGAGGUGGAAGAGGAGGCUUCAACAGAGGAGGAUAUGACCAGGGCCCUCCAGAAAGGGUAGUUUUGUUGGGAGAGUUCAUGCAUCCCUGUGAAGAUGACAUAGUUUGUAAAUGUAAAACAGAAGAAAACAAGGUGCCUUAUUUCAAUGCCCCAGUGUACCUGGAUAAUAAGGAGCAGAUUGGCAAAGUGGAUGAAAUAUUUGGACAGCUGAGAGACUUUUAUUUUUCAGUGAAACUGUCUGAGAACAUGAAAGCCUCUUCAUUUAAAAAAAUGCAAAAGUUUUAUAUUGAUCCAGCAAAGCUGCUACCUCUUCAGAGAUUUUUGCCAAGACCCCCUGGAGAAAAAGGUGCUCCCAGAGGAGGUGGUAGAGGAGGACGUGGUGGACGUGGGGGAGGAAGAGGCGGUGGUAGAGGAGGAUUCGGAGGAGGCAGAGGUGGAGGAAGAGGAGGAGGAUUCAGAGGAGGUAGAGGUGGAGGAGGAGGAGGAUUCAGAGGAGGAAGAGGUGGUGGAGGAGGCUUUCGGGGAAGAGGACAUUAAAAAUGGAACCAUGAGUAUCUCCUUAUUGUCUCGUCAUGUCAUCUGCAGAAGCAAAGAACCAAGAAGCAAAGAACAAAAUUUUUUGUAAAGGACCCUGAAAAUCUUUUUAUAGAGAACUUGAAGCUACAAAUGACAAUUAUUUUUACACUUAAUGGAUGCAUGAGGAGAGUGUAGCCGCAGGUGAAGAGCUGAAGACUGCUCAGAAUAUAUAAAUGUUUCUAACUGAGCCACGAUUCAAUGUUAUUCUUAAACUGUUUGUUUCUGACAAGCAGUGCAGUCAAUGCUUAACUCCAUGUUGGAGUUUGGAGUAAACAAUCAGUCGAAAUGAGUUUCAAAAGACCCUACAGGUUCACUGCAUGCACAUGCUUCAGUGGGAACCUGUGCAUGACUGAUCCCUGGUUCUCAUCCUCCUUUUAUAUCGAAUCUUCUGGGCUGCUCUGAAAUGGACAUGCCAUUUAAACAACCUUUGUGAACCUUUUUUUAUAAAUUAAAUUUCAAACUUUUGUGUUGC